AUGGCGCCGACAGUCAUCCCCGACCUCUCCUCUGCUCUCCACCUCACACGCCGCGCCGCCAUCACGGCUGCUCCCCAUGUCGCCCGCGCUGUCCUCCUCCGCCGCGGUCUCACCGUCAACGACACGCAAAAGGUGACGCUGGGUGUGAUUGGCGCGUAUGUGGUUGUGAUCGCCCUCCUCUGGAACAUCCCCUACAUCAAAUGGAUCCUCUGGCCCUUCAAGAUGCUCGUCAUCGCGUUCCACGAGUUCGGCCACGCUAUUACUGCUUGCUGCACCGGCGGCCGCGUCAAGUCCAUUUCCCUCGACCCAAACGAGGGCGGCGUCACCCAUAUGCUCGGCGGGAAGCAGGCCAUCACCUUGCCUGCAGGCUACCUCGGUUCCUCCCUCAUAGGCGCCUUGCUCAUCUUUUGCGGCUUCAACGUCGUCGCGAGCAAAGUUGCCAGCUUCGUUCUCGGCGCUUGCUUCCUUUUGACCUUGUGGUGGGCAAGGAAGGAUUGGCUGACAUACUUGACCAUUGGCCUCGCUGUCGGACUGUUAGUUGCUUGUUGGUUCAUCGCACACGCCCAGGCCUUGAGAUUUGUCGUGCUCUUUAUCGGUGUCAUGUCUUCGCUAUAUAGCGUCUGGGACAUAUGUGACGACCUCAUCCUUCGAAAGGUCAACUCCUCCGACGCCAGCCAGUUCGCCAAGCGCUAUGGCGGUUCUUCUCAGUGCUGGGGCGUCAUUUGGUCCAUCAUCUCCAUCCUUUUAUGA